AUUCACAGCCUUCACUUGAUAUCCCGCCUCCUGGGACCUGGGCAGGACAUGAUAUUCUUAUCCUUUGAUCCUCCGCACUCCCUUCGUUCCGCUGCCGCCCGCCUCGUCCUUCGAUGAUCAGCUCGGUUCCCUCAUUAGUGCUGCCACGGAAGCAGGCUCGGUCGCCACAACGCAUCUCCGCAUCUCUCGAGACGACCCGCAACAAUGGAGGCCUCCACCCGAGCACGAGAGCUCGAGCGAGUAUACCAGAGUCGACGUGGCCACGCCCCCCAAAUAUCAAUAAGUGAUGAUAAUCACCAUGUGACCGAGGCCAUUGGUGACAUGUAUGGCGACGAUCACUACACUGCAAAGCGGAAUUCACGGCCCUUAAGCUUCAUCAGUUCCCCGAUGGGCGACAACAUUGAGCCGCCGAAGUCUCCCUUUGACACCUUCCCCGUCGCUCCGCCGAAAUCCCCCCUGCGCGCCGCAAUGUCGAGCGAACGGUCACCCACCGCAUCCAGCCCCAAUGGCUCCCUUAACAUACCGUCGAGAAAGUCUUCUUUUGGACAGAGCAGCCCGAACGGGCCUUUGUCACCUACGUUAUCCCGAACAAGUUCUGACACGGCCACGCAGCAGUUCCCGCUCAAUGACAUCGACUACGAAUCGAGCCCGGCGGCCGUGGCACAGGAAUUGAGCAAUCUGCAGGCAAUACGGCGCAUGUCCAUGGACGUUCAUGCGUCUGACCCCGACCUUCCUUCCUUCAAGACCUUUGGCAUCCCCACGGUUGCUCCGCAGCACUUCUCCGAAGAUGAGGACCCCUCGAAACUCUUCUGGGUUCCGGCGCGAUUACACCCAGAGCUGGCACCGAAAGAGUUCAAAACUUUCAUCGAGGAGAAGGUUGAUAAGAUUAGGCGUCGGUCCGGCGACUCGGAUACAUUGUCACCGGAUGGCGCUCUCGGCCGCCAAGGGUCUGUGGGAGGCUUGCGGAGGAAGAAGUCCAUGCUUUCUAGGCAGAUCGAUGGUCCAAACGGAUACCGCGAUGGCGCUGAGAGGCUGGAGAGGCAAAGAUCAGGCGCUAGCAAACCUAAUGGAGGACUUUCCAAUCUCCAAGAACUAGAGCAUAUGGUUGAAGAUCCGGCCACGUUAAUGAGGCGCAUGAGCAUUGAUGCUUCUCGAAGGCCUGGCUCUGCAGACGGUGAGAUGCCAAUAGGGGAAGACAUGCCAAUUCUCCCAGUUCAGCCAGCAGGACUAGGAACGUUGAAAAGAUCCACUAGGACCAAUUAUCGGCGUGGAAGCAUACGGAAGGGCGAGCGUGUGCCAUUUUCAAGGAGGGUGGUCGCAAGGCAGGCCGAAACAGACACCGAGGAAUCACCGGCAACCUCUCCCACUCACCCCAAGGAGCCCAAUUUAUCAAACUUUGGUCUCACUAGGGUGCAGUCCGAGCCCAUCCAUCCUCGAUCAGACGCGCCAGAGAAUUUCUCACGCCCGCAUCGGAAACGGUCACCACCUAUCAGCCUUCAGAGACCAACCUCAGCAGAAGAUGUGUCUAUGCGAGACUCUAACACCCCUGACCCAGAAGAACGUCCAACCUCCUACCCGGCGAAGCCAUUCCAUUCCCGUAUUGCGUCCAAUGGCCGGACGACAGCACCGCUUCCUGGCUACAAACCUCAGCAAGUUCCGCAAAUCAUUGAGACCCCUCCACCCCAAGAGCCCCCGAGGCAAUCUCAAAUCCAACUACCAGAACGGAACUCUUCAAGAGGACCACCUCCGUCUAACGCCCAACAUCAACCUACUCCCCCUCGGGCCCAAAAUCAAUCCCAGCCUCACCAACGACAAUCUCCAAGGCAAAAUAUGCAACGGCAGGGCUCUCCGAUCAAGCCGGCUCAAACCUUUGACGACCUAAUAGCUCAUCCAUCGCCUCUCCCGGGCAACAGCACCAGAACAGACAAUUUAUCUAUUAUUCCCAAUCUCGCCGAAGACAGGAAGUCUGACAAGAAAACGAAAGACAGGAAAGAUGGUUCUGAGGGCGGUUCAAGGAAAACUAGCUGGGGCUGGCUGUUGGGUGGCGACGAUAAAGAGAAAGAGCGCGAGAAGAAAGACAAGGAGGAGAGAGAGAAAGAGUUGGCCAAGAAAGUGAAGAACAAAUUGAGCAAGACUCAGGAAAAGGGGCAUGACAAUACUAGGCUCGAUGUGCUGCAAAGUUCAAUAGACGGUAACCGUGGCCGGGAAAGUUUGGUUCUAGAUCGAGAGACUCUCAAACUCGAGGAGGAACGCAAGAAGGAAAGCAGCAGGAAAUCAUCGGGUGGUGACUCUAAAAAAGAGAAGGAGUCUGGAUUGUUUUCCUCCAUCUUCGGCGGUAGCAAGAAGAAAGCAGAGAAAGAGUCAUCCCACAAGAAGGGGAGCUCCAUGCGAGGCCUAUCUCCGGAGCCACCACCUCGAAUUCUUAAGCCUGAUAUCGACUACAAUUGGACUCGAUUCUCGAUCCUGGAAGAGCGGGCUAUUUACCGCAUGGCGCACAUUAAGCUUGCGAAUCCACGACGGGAGCUGUACUCUCAGGUGCUAUUGAGUAAUUUCAUGUACUCGUACCUCGCCAAGGUGCAGCAGAUGCAUCCACAGAUCCAGAUUGGAAAUUCGAAACAAGCACAAAAGUCGCAACACCAAGCCGCGCAACAAAAGAAGGAUCAGCCGGACGAGUUCACUCAAUAUCAAAGAUAUCAGCAGCAGCAGCAGGAACAGUCAGAAAAAGGCAGCAGCCAACCUAGCCACAACCAGACAGAGCCUACCAAUCCUGAGCCUUCACACCAAGAAGAUCCCCAGCAUCGGCCCGACUCCCGCGCUUCACAACAUACCCAGCAACCUCGCGACUCGCAUCAUUCCUCCUAUGGUCAAUCAAAUGGCCAAUAUAGCGUUGCUAGUGGUAAAAGUUACGGGAACCCCCAAAGCAGCUCACAGCCAUCAUAUUACGGGUACGAUGACUCGGAUCAAAGUAGCAAGGAUGAUGAUAUGUGGUGA